ACGCCGAGGUUCCGAGCAUUCCAUUCGCCUUCCUCCUCUCUUUCCCUCGCGCGCCUCUUAGACCUCGGUAGCUCGCUGCUGCUGCUGCUGCUGCUUUUCUCCACGCACGAAUACUGUACUGCGAAGGAAAAAGAGUGUUUAAUCCAUCAAGAUGCCUCACCAAUACCCAGCCUUGACUCCAGAGCAGAAGAAGGAGCUGUCCGAUAUUGCCCAUCGUAUUAUAGCACCUGGCAAAGGAAUCCUUGCUGCAGAUGAAUCCACUGGCAGCAUUGCCAAGCGCCUCCAGUCCAUCGGCGCUGAGAACACUGAAGAAAACCGCCGCUUCUACAGGCAGCUGCUCUUUACAGCAGACAACCGUGUCAACCCUUGCAUUGGGGGUGUUAUCCUCUUCCAUGAGACUAUGUACCAGAAGGCUGAUGAUGACCGCCAGUUCACCAAGGUCAUUAAGGACAAAGGCGCUGUUGUAGGCAUCAAGGUUGACAAAGGUGUUGUACCUCUUGCUGGGACUAAUGGAGAGACCACCACCCAGGGUCUGGAUGGCUUGUCCGAACGUUGUGCCCAGUACAAGAAGGAUGGAGCCGACUUUGCCAAGUGGCGUUGUGUCCUGAAGAUCUCUCCAACCACCCCUUCCCAUCUGGCCAUCAUAGAGAAUGCCAAUGUUCUGGCUCGUUAUGCCAGCAUUUGCCAGCAGAAUGGGAUUGUUCCUAUUGUGGAACCUGAAAUCCUUCCCGACGGUGACCACGACCUCAAACGUUGCCAGUAUGUGACAGAGAAGGUUCUGGCUGCUGUGUACAAGGCCUUGAGCGACCACCACAUCUACCUUGAGGGGACUCUGCUGAAGCCCAACAUGGUGACAGGAGGCCAUGCCUGCACCAAGAAAUACACUCCUGAGGAAGUUGCCAUGGCAACAGUUACCGCUCUGCGCCGCACUGUGCCCCCAGCUGUGCCUGGAAUCACCUUCCUGUCUGGUGGCCAGAGUGAGGAAGAGGCUUCCAUCAACCUAAAUGCCAUCAACAAGUGCCCUCUGCAUAAGCCAUGGGCCCUGACCUUCUCCUACGGCCGUGCCCUGCAAGCUUCUGCUCUCAAGGCCUGGGGUGGCAAGAAGGAGAACCUCAAGAAUGCUCAGGAGGAAUACAUCAAGCGUGCUUUGGCCAACAGCCUUGCCUGCCAAGGCAAAUAUGUUCCAUCUGCCCAAUCUGGAGCCGCUGCCAGCGAGUCUCUCUUUGUAUCCGACCAUGCUUAUUAAAACCAGAAGCUUGGUUGCACUGUC